AUGUUCACCUUCUGCCAUGUUUGCCAACCCUCCUUGGAAGUCGGGGGACUCCUCCUAAUGACUCGGAAUAUGUUUUUCUGUAUUCGUAGCAUUAACAUUCCUUCGCAGCCAAAAAUGUCUUCAGAACAUAUAGUGGAUGUUGCGCAAACAGGCUUAAGUAGAACUCACCCGAGUAAGUAG